GUGGCGAGGGAACGCGCGGCGGCAGCGGCGGGGGAGCGAUGCGUGCGGCGGCCGCACGGGCCGCAAUUUUCUUCCGGGGCGCGUCCCGCUGGGGGGGGUUCGCUUCCGGGACGGCGCUGCGGGCCCUUCCCACCCCCGCCAGGGGAAGGGGGCAAAAAGUUUUGAGGCCUUCUUACAACAUCAGAAGAAAAAAGAAAACCAACAAGAUAACAUCCCCAUUUGCUCCCCUUUGUGUGCUACUUUUAACGUUACAGUAGGGCGGUGCACCUGCAACUGGGACAGCUAUGGAGAAGAGCGGGAACAUUCAGCUGGAGAUUCCUGACUUCAGCAACUCUGUCCUGAGCCACCUGAACCAGUUACGCAUGCAGGGUCGCCUCUGUGACAUUGUGGUCAAUGUCCAGGGGCAAGCAUUCCGUGCUCACAAGGUGGUGCUGGCUGCCAGCUCGCCCUACUUCCGAGACCACAUGUCCCUGAAUGAGAUGAGCACCGUUUCCAUCUCUGUCAUCAAGAACCCUUCUGUUUUUGAGCAGCUUCUCUCCUUUUGUUACACCGGCAGGAUAUGCCUCCAGCUGGCUGACAUCAUUAGUUACCUAACGGCCGCCAGCUUCUUGCAGAUGCAGCACAUCAUAGACAAAUGCACGCAGAUUCUGGAAGGAAUUCAUUUCAAAAUCAACGUGGCAGAGGUGGAAGCAGAGUUGAGCCAGACGACCAGGACAAAACAUCAGGAGAGACCACCGGAGUCUCACCGGGUGACGCCGAAUCUGAACCGUUCUCUGAGCCCGCGUCACAACACCCCGAAGGGGAGUCGCCUGGGCCAGGUCAGCACAGUGCUGGAUAUUAGGGAGCUCAGCCCACCCGAGGAGUCCACCAGCCCCCAGAUAAUCGAGCAGAGCUCAGAUGUGGAGAGCAGGGAGCCCAUACUACGGAUUAACAGAGCAGGACAGUGGUAUGUGGAGACGGGAAUGGGGGACCGCGGGGGACGGAACGAUGAUGACAUGAGGGUGCUGGGAGGAGUACGAAUUAAAACAGAGAACCUGGAGGAGUGGCUUGGAGCAGAGCAUCAGCCCUCAGGAGAAGAUGGGAGCAGUGCUGAGGAGGUCACUGCUAUGGUGAUAGACACCACGGGCCACGGACCAAUGGGCCAGGAGGCUUACGCCUUAGGGUCGUCUGGGGCCAAAGUGGUCAGGCCGACCAGCAGUGAGAUUGACAGAUUCAGCCCCUCUGGCAGCAUGGUUGCUGUGGCUGAGCGGUACAGAUCAAAAAGCGAAUCUCCCGGGCGGAUGGAUGAGCCCAAGCAGCCCAGUUCCCAGGGGGAGGAAUCAGCCAUGCUGGGAGUGAGCGGUUACGUGGAAUACCUCCGGGAGCAGGAGGUUUCGGAGCGCUGGUUCCGCUACAACCCGCGGCUCACUUGCAUUUACUGCGCCAAAUCCUUCAACCAGAAAGGCAGCCUGGACAGGCACAUGCGUCUCCACAUGGGCAUCACCCCCUUUGUCUGCCGCAUGUGUGGGAAGAAAUACACCCGGAAGGAUCAGCUGGAAUAUCACAUCCGCAAGCACACGGGCAACAAGCCCUUUCACUGCCACGUCUGUGGCAAAAGCUUCCCUUUCCAGGCCAUCCUCAACCAGCACUUUCGCAAGAACCACCCCGGCUGUUUGCCUCUGGAGGGGCCUCACAGCAUCUCUCCCGAGACCACCGUCACCUCCCGGGGGCAGGCAGAGGAAGAGUCCCCCCCUCAGGAGGAGGCGGUCGCUGUGGGGGAGACGGCACAGGGAUCUGUGUCCACAACUGGGCCAGAUUGAAACAGGGCUGCAGAGGCUGGGGAGAAAGGACAGUCUUCCCAAUUUUGGCUCUGAAGAGUCAGCACCAACCCGGCAGGCUGGUACUGUUAAUUCGUGCAAUGCCACCACUGGACAGAAGGAAGCUCCCAAGAUGUUGCCAAAAUUGCAAAAUCUUUCUCUCUCUCUCUCUCUUUCUCUCACAGACCCACACACACGUUCGAAGUUUUUCUCCCUUAUUCCUUCUUCUCUUGGAGGAAAACAAAACGACUGUGUCAAUCAACUUCUUAUUCAGGGAUCGACAGGAUUUUAACUUUUUUAAUGUUCCAUAGUGAUCUGGGACGAGCAGUCAUUUGUAUUUCUCAACAGCAUUUUGGCCCAGCAGGUAGGUCCCCACCAGCCACCAGCCUCUCCUGCGGCCUCACCGAAUCUGCUGGUCCAGCUCAAGGGGAGAGCAGGUAUGAGGUACCAUUGCCUUUCUCCCACCUUCCCCAGGUAGCUGCCACGUUAAAGAAAAUGAACAAGACUGUCGUGGUGGAACCUGCCUUGCCCAAGCAUAUUUAGCCUCGUCUUAUUUUUUGGCGUGUGUCUUUUUACCUUUUUACUUAGACUUUCUUUUAGGGCUCUUGGCUCGCCUCUCCCAGGCGCGCAGCCUUCGAGGCCCCUUUUUAAAAGCGUGCAGGGCUAUAAAGCGAUGUUCUAGAGGUCAGCAACAAUUUGAAGCACUUCAGCUACUGAAAGUGAAGUUGAGCAGCUGUGAGGUUUGCAUGACUCGCGCUGGGAGAAGGGUUGGAGGGGUCUUUUGGAGGAGGUUGGCCUUUGCUGUUGCGGAUCCAGAAAGUUCAGAGCACUCCGAUGUCCUGGCCAGUGCACUGCCGUGUGCACUUCGGGUGUUGCUGAGCAUUAGAAAGAAUUUUUUCUGGACUGUGGACUUAGAGGCUGGCUACCAAAGUUGUCCUUCACCCCUGCUCUCCCCUCGACACGCACUUGAUCUUUUAUAACAGCAAUAUGGUAUAGUGAAAUACUAUCGUCCCACCUGAGCAGUCGUGGGUGGUUGCUUUUAAACUUGUUUCUACAAACUAGUUUGAUAACUUUUUUUAUCAAUGAAAUGCAAAAAGAAAAGAAAACCCUACUUUAUUUCCUUGUAACAGUUCGGGAAACCUAGAAGUGAAUGGUUCCUAGAGCAAUCACAACUCUGUCCCCUUGCAUGGACUUAAACUUUUGUAAUCUAAGCAGCUCUGAUGUUUAGAGCAAGUUAAGCAAACCCAGAGACAUCCCUGCCAGUGUACUGUAGGUGUUUGCACGUACUUACAUGUUUCAUAAGCAGAAAAGCAUGGGACAGGUAGGUAAGAGCAAAUAUCCGUACAUCUUUUGAAGAAGUCUUUUAAAAAAUAUGCAAUACUUUGAGAGUUUUUUCUGGUUCUGAUGCUGAGUUGUUCGUGGUGGAAGGGGAAAAUGAAUGACAGGUUGUGCAGAUUUGGUCUGGGAGAGGAAGUUUGGUUGAAGGAGUUCUCUCGAGGAUGCAUAAUGUAUACAAUAAGGAAGGAUGAAGUUUUGAGUCUUAAGGUGUUGGGAGGACCAAUGAGACAUUGGAAAAGGAACAAACUGCAUCUUGCUUUGGCAGACCAAGCCAGGUGAGCAGUGAGCAUGGGCUUGGAGGGCAGAAGACUUGCCAAGUGAAAAUAAAGCUUGCCCUAUAGUCUGACUGAACAGUUUGGGGCACAUGAAACUAGAGGAUCUUCCAACCCAAACCAUUCUGUGAUACCCACCUUGCUCUCCCCACCUGCAAACUGGGACUUGGAAUCAUUUUCCUGCCCCUUCACAGGGGAGAAUCUGGAGAGGGGUGAUGUAUUCUUACCUUGCUUUGUAUAUUUUUCUCUGAAGUGAUGGGUCUCACUGUUCCUCCCACAUCUCUCUCCAAAAGCAGGUGUGGCUCCAAAGUGGGGUUUUUUGGAGUGUGUGGGUAAAGGAAGGACUUGGUGCCAGGAUCAUGUGUAACGGGUGUGUGCUUCUUAGACAGGAACCCUUGUAAGUGUUCUGAGCCAGGCACCCGUAAAGUACAAUUUCAUUGAACAUUUCAAACAGGAAAGCUGAUAAUUACAUCUCUGUUUUCCUGUCCCUUCUUCCUCCUCUCCUGUCAAGUGCACCUUCACGAAGUGAAUGAUUUUCUAAGCAGCCACCUGAAGGACCAGCCCUGUGGGGUUUCCUGUCAAAGGUCAAACAGGAUUGUACCAAACAGUAAGGUUACCAGAGAGCAGUUAGUUGCAGAAGAUGAGAGAUAAGAGGGUGGCUAAGGUAGGUUUUGUUGCAAUUGAGGUGCAGGGAGGAGUGGAGAUGUGCAGAGUAUGCUGCUUUAGUCAUAGCUUUUGAAGUUACCAAAAAUCAAAAAGAAACAAGUUAAAAACUUCUAAAUCCUAUCCUGUUCACACUAGAGAGCAUCAAAAGUUACUUUUUAGUUGCUUAAAAGAUUUUUAAGUGUUUAAAAAUAGAACUUUUAAAAGAAUACUACCAAACUAUAAAAACAUAAAAUUAUUUAUAUACAUAUAUUAUAUAUAAAUAUAGUGGGAAAGUUUCCCUGCUAAGCUUGCUGUGAAGAUAAGGGUGAAGGUGCAGUAACUGCUAAAUAAGCAACAUUUUUCUGAAACAGAUGGCAACCCAUCCAUCAAAGCAUAGUGAUGAAGGGCUGACAUAAAACAGCGAAUGCCUUUAGUCAUAUGGCAGAGCUGUGAGUUUCUUGAGCAGGUUUUUGGUUUACUGUUGUGAUACUGUGAACAGAGGAGCAUCCUGACAGUCCAGGAUGCCAGCAGUGUGUCCCAUUUUGCUGAUUCUCUUACUUUCAAUUGGCCUGGUGAAAAACAUGAAAUUGGUCCUUCAUAUUGUACUAGGCUAGUCUGAAAACAAAGCUUGUGAAAGAAUUGGGGUUUUUUUUCCUCUUUUAUGUUUUGGUUUGGGUUUUUUUUUUCUUUUGGUUUUUUUUGGGUUUUGGGGUUUGUUGUUUUUUGGUUUUUUGUUUUUUUCUUUUGGUGCAGAGGUUGCCACUGUAUAAACAAUCAUUUCUGAUUGCAUGCAAAAGAGCCAAUAUUCUUGCCUGGGCCUCGCUGAGGUGAAGUUUAUAGCUUGUAGCUAGAGUCAGUAUAAGGUAUGGUAGUGGGAAUCAUUUUAAUAUUAUUUCUGUACAUUUAAUGGAUGUGUAUGUGUAUGUAUGUGUGGGAAUCAUGGUGUCUGUAAUGUUUUUCUUGAACAGCACCGAAAGCAGUUCAGGCCCAACUGCACUAGAAGGUGGAGUUCAGAGGAAUUGUUUCUUAAUCUUCUCUUUCAGUGGUUGAUUUCUUCAGUGCAGAUAAAGCCAAGGUUUGAGGAAAAAAAAAAAGAAAAAAAAAAGGGUUGGAGGUCAUAUACAAUAUGGAAAACCUUAUGUGAAUUUUCUGGCAGUGGUGUAGCUACUUGGAGCUGCUCUCCAUAGCAGAGUGAUCCCAUCUUUUGUUUCCUCUCCAUUGCCAAACCAUGUAGCUCCUGACAGUUGCACUGAUGCUGUGGAGAGUCAGAUGCUAACUUUCCAAAUGUGAAUGCUUCUGCAAUGGGUUGAGGCAUGGCUUUGCAUUCCCACGUCUAGCUGCAGCUUUCUCCCCUCUGCCAAAACUGAUUUCAACUGUGAUUUUUAGGAGGAUGUGAAGAGAGCUCUGUUGUAUUUUAAUACCUCUGUAUGUAACAUUUCUCUCCUCUUCAGAGUUAGGGCAACGGGGGGAACACUCUGUUUCUGCAGUUUUCUUUCUCACAGGAGGAACACAUUUCUUAGUCCUUUGCUGUGGCAGAGAAACCUUCCAAAUGUGAAGUGUUGCAGUUAUUUCCUUGAACCUGCAAAAGGCCCCUGUGCCAAGUCACAGCAGAGUGACAUGACAUUUGCCAUGUCCAUUUCCUGCUGCUGCCAGGUUCCCUGUGAAUAGCUGUGAAAACAACCAGAACUCUGUUAAUUCUGUGCUGCUGCUUUGAGAAGAAGCUAAAAAUCAUCCUUUCAGGAGGAUGAGUGAUGUGAAGCUGGGAGAGGAAAGAAAAGCAGGUCUUUUUGCUUUCUUGCAAAAGGAAGGUUGUAAAGCAAACUCUUCUCCUUUCCAGCAGCCAGACAGAGAGGGAUGGUCAAGGAGGUUUCUUGAAGUGUGAAUUUAUGACAGGAGGCUGAGAACUCACUUAGAACCUUUUACUAAGAUCCAGGGAUAUCACAGCCUGGUAGGGGUCUGAGCAGCCAGUGUAGGUGGGCAAUCCCUCACUUGUCCUCCCAGCAUUGUCUGGUCCUUUACCUACAUCUUCUCUUCAAGCUGUGAUCUGUGUCAUUUAACUUUCAGAAAUUUGGGAUAGGAAGAAUAGAAAGAGUUUUGUGUCUGCUGCUCUUUUAAAGCCAGCCAAGGUCACUGGUGACUGUUCCCAUCUAACAGGUAUUCAGAGCUUGAAUUGCAUUUGGAACAAGCUGCAGUCUUGCUGAAGAGCCUAGCAGGCUGGGCUUGGGAAGGAGGGCACAGAGCCAGGAUUUCAGCUCUCAGUGUGAUCAGGGUUGAAGUAAAUGGAUGGGACAGAUCUCCUGAUUGUCCUGUUCUUGGUUUGUGAGAGCUAAGUGACUUUGUUUUCCUGGGCAGGCCAUCCCAUGCCUCCUUAGUGUUAUUUAAAAGUGUGAUACCCAGUUGGAUAAAUGAUUCAAAGCACUCUGCCUUCCAGCAGAGUCCUUCUGCCACCUUGGGGCAGAUUCAGCCUUGAGGUUGCAUUUGCCAGAGCAGAGCUGGAGCUUUUAUUUGCUGCUGACUUCCUCUCUCCUGCAGAACCCAAGGUAUAAAUAGGACAGCUGAAAAAGUGCAGUUUGUUUAGAUGGAAGGCAGCUUGUGAGGUAGACUGUGUCAUGCAUAUUUAAAACCAACAAAAAUCAGUACUCCUUCAUCUUAUUAUUUAAACUUUAUCAACAUCUGCUCUUUGAUCCAUGACAUGCUGGCCAAUUUAGUCAGAUCAGCAUCCGAGUGUUUCUGCAGAUUAGUGACACCCAAUGCUGUUCUUGCUUUACUGGAAAUAUUUUUGGGAUGGGAGAAAUCAAGGAGCAGCAAAUCAGGAAACUUCUAUUUUUUGUCAAGGCUUGGGCUCUGAAUUUCCCCUGAGCCCAGAGCUAGGACUGCAGUCAGAGAGUGUGAGGUUUUGCAGUGGAGCUGCCCCUGACCACCAGUGUAGCCUCAUCUGGUGCUAAUGAUAUCCUCAAGGAUGAGCAUUCCUCCUGUCACGAGGUGAGAUCCAUGCAGAGAGUUUUGAUGGCUUCAGUGGAAGGUCCUAAAGAGGAGCUAAGUAGAUGUAUUUAAUGAUUGUCAUUCGAAGGAUGUUAUAAUGUAAAAUACAUAUAUAUGUAUUUACAUUUUUAUAUAUAUUUGUAACCAAAUAAAAGCUAGAACUAUGCAAACACUACUGGCUGCUGCUUGAAACUAACGUCUUACCAGAACAUUUUGGAAUAGAGUAGAUUUAGAGUAGAUUUGGGGCUUGUUUGUUUGUUUGUUUGUUUUUUAAACAGAAUGCAGCAGACCAAAGUUUUGCUGCACUUAGUCUUAUUAGAAGCAUAGGUUAUUCCUAAUCUGGAACCCACUCAAGUGGGUUAUAAAAUUACCUGAAGGGUCCUACCAUCUCUAAAAUAUUUCCAUCUGCUGAAAGGCUUUAUUUUGCAAAACUAGGAAACAUAGAGGCUGGGACUAGGAGAGAUUGAAAGUGAUGUUUGGGAUGAGUUAGAAGAGAAGGAGAAUCAAGAAAAGACUGGGAGGAUUUGCUUAUGGAUGUAGGAUUGAGUUGGCUUCAAGGAAUCUUCCUACUUGUGGAAAUGUAGGGAGGCAGCAAUUGAAGCAUCACCAGGCUGAAUUCUGGUCCCAAUGGAGGUAUCAGAAAUCUUCCUGCUGAAUCUGAUGGUACUGGAGUUUAGGCUGCUGGGACAAAUCUCACAUUUCAACCAUUUCUUUGUGUCAGAUCCGAUCUUUGCUUUUAGGAUUAUCUACAGUAUAUCCAACUGUAACCUUCAGAGAUCUUUGACUUUAUAUUCCUGAGGACUGUAGAAAAUUCAGGUUUCCUAUAACAUUAUCCUCAUCCCAACUGUGAACAAGUUACUACUGCUUCUUAUAAUUUAUUGUCCUUCUCUUCCUGAGUGUCUGUGUGAUCCAGCUGUUCACCAGCGCCGCCUUCCAGUGCUUCAUUAGCUUUUAUGCACAGGGAAUUGUUGCAAUGGAUAAGUUGACCAUGCUAGUUGGAAGAGUAGAAGCCUUUGGAGAAUGACUUGCUUCCUCUAGCUGUUGUUAGGGAGUGCACACACACAUACCUGUAUAUACAUAUAUGUAUACAUAUAUAAAAUGUUUCAAUAUAAACUCAUUUAGCAUUAUUCUUAUUUAAUUUAUAUUUUAACCCAGUUGUAAACCAAAGUAUUACAGCUUGUGAAAUUAUGUCUCUCAAAAAUAGGAGGAACCUUUUUAGUUGAGAGCUCUGAAAGAUGUUUGCUGACAAAAAAACAUGAAUACAAAUAAGACUUGUGCUGCUGAAUCCUGGAGAUUUGAAGCCUCAGAAGGUUUUAAAACUUGGUGGAUUAAGUUUGAUGGUGGGGAGGCAGUGUGGGUUACCAUUUUAAAACACUGUUGUGUUGGGUUUUUUCCCUAUGCAAUAUAACUUGGCAUUGGAGGGACUGCUACACAAGCAGCAAGGCAUCUGAUGGAGACAAGGCACAUGGUUAAAGCCAAGUGGGUGACAUCAGGUAGUGCUGUUUGGUGUCUUCUGCUCACAGCUCUGGAUUGAGCUGAGCUGUCUUCAACUCUGGGCAUCUCAGUACCACCUUGUCUCAUGACCCUGCAGGGGUUGGUCAGUUGAUGGUUUGUGUGAGAGCAUUAAGGAUGUGACUUGGCAGCAUUUCUGAUGCUGGGCAUUUCCAGCAGAAUCACUCUGGGUCUCUGCCACGCUGCUGUGCCUGCUGGUCACAAAACCCAGGGCUUCUGCCCAGCCUCUUGAAUUAGGAUUCUUUAAGGAAACACAAGGACUUGCCUACCAGAAUGCCUCCAGGAAAUCCCCUGCAAGGGAAAAUGAGGGAGGAAUUUAGGUGCAGGUUUGCUGUCAAAUGGAUCUGAUUUUCCUCUUACAUGGAUCUAAGGUGAUUCCACAUGUCCUGUACCUGACUCCUUCUUUAUAUAAAUGCAGGGUUUGGAUGAAUUUUUGUAAACAGGUGUAGAAAAGAUGGGAUUGGCUAUCUCAGUGCUGGCACUGCUUCUGCCUGUGUCCCUUUUGGCUUGCAGUUUCUUGCUGUGGUGUCUAACAAGAGUUGGAGCUGAGAGGUGUUUGUUGAGACCCAAGUUCAGCUGCCACCAACCAGGUGCUCCUGGGCCUUGGCUCCUCAGUGCUGUCACCCUCAUAAAGGUGGUGGGCCUUCUGAAGGCUUGGAAAUGGCAAUGUUUUUCAUGGUACUUAACAGUUUUGUAGCAAAAUCAGUAUGUUCUGGCAAGCCUAGAAAUAAUGAGAAAAUAAUCCAACUAGUUUGGGAGCUGGAGAGAGAAAAGGCUGCAGAAAAAAACACUAAUGUAUUUUGUGUCUAAUGCACAGUUCUAGCAAACAGGCUAUUUACUGAUGUUUAGAGAUGGUUGUUGUUGGGUUUUUAAUGUAACUUCUGUGGAGGUACAUGUUCUUCUGUCCCCAGUGGAAACAAAUUAGCUCAAAGACAGAAUCUUGCCAGGGACUAAUUGCUCUUCAGAGGAAUUAGCAAAUGCUCUGAGCAAAUUCACCUCUAACAGCCUCCCACAGGCUGUGCUUCAUCUUCCUCUCCUGCUCCACCCACACUGGAGUCUUUUAUAGAAGGUUACCCAGUGUCCCUCAUAUUCAGCAGGUCCACCUACCCCUAGUGAUUAAGUUCAUUUAAUACUCCCCAGCAGGAUUAAUUACACACAUGCACCUCACUGUAUACCAAGCACUCUGCCAGCCACAUGCAAUACAAUUUUUAGACACUAGAUCUGGCAAAUAUAAAAAGACUGUAAGCUAAUCUCUUUCUAAUUGUAGUCACCAGGUACCACAGGUUGAGUACAAGACCCUUUCUGUGCCAGGUGCUAUAGGAAUGGGUAUGAUCAUCAUCCAUCAGCUCAAAUUCCUUUGGAUUGAGGCAUCCUGUAAGCAAUGCCAUUGCAAAGGUGCUUCUCAGGGCAGCUGUGAGGAGAACCUGGUCUGAUACCAGAAAAAGGAAAAGCAUGCUCAGAAGAGGAGAGGUAUCUUAGACCAAGCACUGGCUGCUAAUUGAGCAGGAAAGAGCUAUUUGAUUGAGACAGUGGUCUGCAUGAAGAGUUUUGGUCUGAAGUUUGCUUUUGUUUCAGUACUAUCUCCUUUACUUAUGUUAUUUCUUCUAUUUAAACUCAGUAGCCAAGGGGAGGCUGCAGAGAAGAUGGAGCCAAACCCUUCUCAGAGGUACAGGAUGGAAGGAGGAGCAGCAGGAGGCAGAAGUUUAUACAAGGCAGGUUUAGGUUAGGUAUUACAGGCUGGGUUUUUUCACCACGAAUAUGGCCAAACUGGACUGGAACAGGGUGUCCAGAGAGGCUGGGAAAUCUCCAUACUGGAAAUAACCCAGACUUGAGCAGGCAUGACCCUGAGUGACCUGCUAGAAGUGAACCCAGCUGCGAGGGGGAGGCAGCUCUGUGACCCAUGGGCCUCCCUCCCUCCCUGAUUCUGGACUUCUAUGUCACUCACCUGGAGUAUAAACUCUUUCCCCACUGGAGGCUACACUGCAUAAUACAAAACUAAGGGAUAAAGGUUUUUAUCCCACCAGUGCAUUUCCAGUUAUGCUUUUUUUUACACUUAACAGUAAUUAAUCUGUUAAAUAACAUCUUGUCUGCCAGGGUCUAUGGAGAAGUCCAGCUGCUCCCCAUGUGUGAGUGCUGUCUCCAAGUCCUUGUUUCCAUAAGACUAUGGCAAGCUGUAUUUUUAUCUUUCUUUUUUUUUUUUUUUUUUUAGUAUUAUAAUAUAAAAAUGAUCAGCUUUAACAGGCUUCCUAGUUCAUAUAAGUUAAGCUUUUGAAACAUAUUCAGGUAUCUUUUAAAUACUGCUGUGUAAGUUCCUUGUUUAAUCUGACAUAUUCUGAUUUAUUAUUUUACUGCAGUUAUCUAAGGCAGUACUUUAAAAAAAAAAACAGUGCAUUAUUAUUUUGCAGACUGUCAGCUAUGUUAAGGCUCCAGUUUUAUUUAGUUUUUUUCUAUGUACUUAACCUCCCUCUCAGAUACAUGGUUAAAUGUUUUCAUUAUUUUUAUAUUUCAGUGAAGCUUAUUUAUUUAAAUGUUAUCUUUGCAGUCAGACCCAAUACUAUUGGCUAUGAAACUGUGAAACAAUUAGGAAUAAAAAUGAAGCUCGAUUGGUUAGUUCUACUACUGGGUGUAAAGUACAAGAAAGCAGCAGCAUAAAAAGGAAAAAAAGUAUAACUAAAAUUCCUUGGUUGGGGGUGGGGAGCUGGGGAAGGAGUCACAAAACUACAGCUGGGAAACUUCUUGGAAUUGAGUUUUAACCUGAUGAUGUUACUUCACUUGUUCCCCAUUUGGUCAAGUCCAAAGGCUAUGUCUUGAGACCAGAGGAUGAUUGUCUGGGUCUGUUCCUUCUCCUGCAUGUCUAAGGGCAUUGGUUUGGUGCAGGAGUUUGUGCUCCCACAACGCUAUUUGCUUCGAGUUUAGGUGUCUAAGGAAACUCUAUGGAUUACUGUGAAGCUUUUAUUUAAUAUUUCAUUGCAUGUCAGUAACUGAACACAACUCCUGGCUUACCAGAGGUGAUGGGGAAGAGGGAAAUGCCAUUUUGGCCUGGGGGCUGAGAGCUGCAGCCUCCACUCACAAAAGCUGGCAGUGCCAUCCUCCCACUCACAGCUUUGGUUUUGGGAAGGGGUGGAAAGCUUUGUCACCCUUGCUGUCCCCUUGCCCGUGGGGCUUUUCAGUUGGCUGGAGGCAAGGGGAAUCAAUCCUAAAGUUUGUUCUGUAAAACACAGGGGUUUUGUUCCCACAGCCUGUCAUCAGCGUGUGUGUUUGCAGAGCUCUGAGGGGUAUUCAGAGAAUGAUGUAUGUGGUGCACAGGCACUUUCUCAAAUGGUAGAAGGUUUCCAAAGUCAGGCUUAUGCUGUUGGGGGAAUCAGCAGAUCUGGAUUUAGGAUGGAGAGCAGAAUUUUGUGAUACCCUUUCCUUAAGACUGAUUCCUUAAGACUGAUUCCUGACUGAUUCCUGACAGCUUCCAUGGUUGUGUUGUCACAGGGCAAGUGGCUGUGGGAAAUACUCUAAAGUGAAAAGGGAGUGUUGUCAUUCAAAUAAUGCAUGCUUCUUAUGUGUUUGUGUAUGUAAUAUUGCUAAAAGGAGAGGCCACAGGGUAUGAAAGUAAUCCUCAGUGGCAAAACAGGGACUUAUCUGAAUAAGCUCUUUAAAAGCUGAGUUAGGAAGAGAAUCACACACGGCUGCAUCUUCUUGCAGUAGCAGAUUCCACCCCUUGUGCCCCACACUUGCAGGGAGGGUUAGCAAAAGGCAGGAGAUCACUGUUUAUCAGAGGUUAGCUGACAGAAACAACACAAGCUACUCAGAGUACUGCUUUGGUCUGAAAAGGGAGGAGAAUGGAUGUGGUUUUUCACCUAGACCUCUGGUAUCUUAAACCCUAGGUGAAGCUCCCACGAGCUCUGCCCUGGUUGUCCCCAAAGCUGCCCUCUGCCCCCUCCUUUCCUUGCUCCCACCCCCACCUUUCCUGUACAACACUGUGAAUAUGACACCAGUAGCUCUUUUUUCAUGUUUCCACUCAAACUGCUCAGAGCAUGAAACACUGUCCUGCGCUGUCACACGCUGAUGCUGUAGCAGAGAGCCCUGUUAAGCUGAACAGGAACCCCCAGACAGGGACCCUGGUGAUUGAGCACUUCCUUGCCGAGCAGUUGAAGAGAAUUCUAACAAGAAUUAACAACUGAAGUCGCUUUGUGUAGCAAUUUGCUCAUCAAAUUUGAUUUUAUAACAAACUAAACUGACAAUCAAUUUCUAAAAUGUAAAAGCCUCUUAGAGGGAAUAGUCAAGUAUGUCUUCAACAGAGAGAUUUAACCAGGAUAACUUACAAUAAAGAGCACAGGAUUUUUUUUUUUUCUUCCUUUUCUUGAGUAAUCACUCCAGAUACCGAGUUGUGUUAAGCAGCAGAAGCUUCACAGGACAUUAACUACCUCUCUCUCUUGGAGUGCUGAGGUUACCACACUACACACUCUAUCAGCAAAGCUUUCACUUAAAACAGAUUUGUUUUCCUUACCUCUGUGUUUAAGAAAUGCAGGUCUGCUCUGUAAAGUGACUCUAUGAAAAUGGCAUCUGGCAGGAGCAGGGGAAAGGCCUUUCAGGGGCUCUUGUCCCUCUUGGACACCACUUUCUCACUCCGACCCUUGCAGGUUUGCUCUGGGGCUGUGACAGUUCAGGGUGGAUUUGUUAAUUUUAUGUAUUCUGCAUAAAAGCAAACUGUCCCAUGGGCCAAAGGCUGCUGCCAGAGCUGCAAGGCUGCAGGCUCAGCUUCCUGCACUGGGAAAUUAAUUAAUGGUGUGGAAGGUCAGAGAAUCCAUCUCCCUCCUGCCUUCAAGGGAGCAGGCUGCAGUCAAAAAAAAAAAAAAGCAAUAAAACAAAAAACAGAACUCUUUUAUAUGUUGCUCAUUAGUCAGCAGAUCUGACUCUGCAAAUUUAUAUAUCUAUAUAUAUAUACACAAAUACAGAGAGCAGAUCUCUCACGUGAAAAGGUGCCAUUUUUUUUUCUAAAGAGUCUCUUUCCAAACUAGAACAGCACUUUAAAUAGGUUCCUCUUUAAAAAAAAAA